GACUCAGAAAAACAUAGAAAAAUGACGGCAAUGACGGCGGAACAAGUGGAGAGACCUGAGAGAGAGGUGAUGAAGUACGUGACAGAGGGAAUCCACUACAACAAUGACGACGAGUUGAGACGAUUACGCGUAAGAGCACCGGCGUACUUCAACGUCACCUUGGACAUCCAGAGGUCAAUAGCAGCAAACGGAGAAAAAUCGACGAGAGCGCAGCAGUUGCUGCAUCGCUUACAACAAAGUGCGUACGUGGCUAAAGACGAGACGUUGGCAUGUUGCUCUGCGUACACCCUUCAGCGAGUUGUGGAAUGGAUGUGUGAUGACGAAGGCAUCGACAAGAGUAAGAGAGAGGGAGGUGGUUUUUACGAUAGAUCGGCGUUCAAGAAGUUUGUCACGUCUCGGGCGAAGGAAACUCGAAUGUUGAAGACAGAAGCGCAUGACAUAUUGAAGAGUAAUGCAACAGAGAUAUUGGCACUCAGCAGGAUGAACGAGCUACCUCAAACAGACCCUGUUGACUACCAUGAUUUGGCAACAGUGGUGGUGGACGAUGUCGAGUACGUCUUGCUCGAUCAGAUUCUGGAUUUCAUGUUGAAGACAGAUAAUGAUACAAAUUUGAUUCACGAGGCCUUACACGAGGUGAUAGAGGACGCAAUAGCAGCAGCAGAGCUUGCUGAUGUCAAGAGCACAAAGGAUGAAAAUCAACUAAUAUCGGGGACUCCAAUAUGUCAGGGGGACAUAUUCACAGUCCUGGCGGACCUCACCAGGGCAUUAACGGAAGCGGAGAGAAUGAGCAAAAGAAUGCAAUGAUUGCAAUUGGUUGUUGCGACAGCAAUCAAUGCGACACACCAUA